GUCCCCUCAUCGCGCCCGCACAUCUCCAGCAGUCACCUCCAAAGUCGCGUUUCUCGCGCCCCCGCGUCUGGUGAUCAUUUCUCCUUUACAAUGACGACGACUUGGGCCCCCCAGCAGGCCGGUCUGCAGGAAAUUUUGCAGACCAUCCACGAAUCGACGGACACGAACAACACUGAGGUGCAGAAGAAUAUCACACUCAAACUGAACAACUUCACGAGAGUACCAGACUACAUUGCGUACCUCUCGUAUAUACUCGCGUACAUGCCGCAGGAAGAGGACAGGAUCCGAACGAUCGCCGGUUACCUUCUUAAGAACAAUGCACGACUCAUUCUUCGAAGUGCGCCAGAGGUGGCGACGUUUGUCAAGGCGGCCAUUCUUCAGUCCUUCAACGAGUCAUCAGUGAUGAUCCGUAACACGGCCGGGCAAGAUGUUGUCGCGUUCCUCGGCAUUCUCGAACCACGUAAUUGGCCAGAAUGCCUUCAACUUCUUUUUGAGACCUUGGACUCGACCAACGAAGAUCAGCAGGAGGCCGCAUUUAACGUGUUGGAGAAAGCAUGCGAAGACUAUCCGCGGAAGAUGGACGUGGAGAUCAACGGAACGCGUCCUCUAGAUUUCAUGGUACCCAAAUUCCUAACGCUUACCGAGCAUCAUAGCGCGAAGAUGCGAGCACAUGCGAUUGCGUGUCUCUCAUACUUCGUGCCGAUAAGCAGCCAAUCUCUUUUCGCUCACAUCGAUAACUUCAUCGCUGCUUUGUUCAAGCGUGCUUCCGAUGAAGACCCAUCUGUUCGUCGACACGUCUGCCAAUCGCUUGUCCUCCUGCUUGCGUCGCGUCCGGAAAAGCUCAUGCCAGAGAUGAGCAACGUUGCAGAGUAUAUGCUUUAUUCAACUCGCGACAAAAACGAAAUUGUUGCGCUCGAGGCUUGCGAGUUCUGGCUUACGUUCGCAGAAGACCCCGAGCUAGUAGCUCAAUUACAGCCGCUGCUCGGAAAGGUUGCUCCAGUUCUGCUUGAAUGUAUGGUUUAUGGCGAAGACGACCUCCUAUGGUUGGAUGGUGACGCAGAAGAUGCGAACGUUCCUGAUAAAGAAAGCGAUAUCAAACCUAGGCAUUAUGGUCAAAAAUCCCAUGGAUAUGCACACGAGGGUGGUCCAGAGGAGGACAGACGUGUUGGUGCAUACGGCGAUGAAUUGGUCGAUGACGACGAUGACGACGACGACGAAUACGAUGCGGAUGAUUUUGACGAUGAAAUGUCCACGGAGUGGAAUCUUCGAAAAUGUGCAGCAGCCGCUCUUGAUGUGCUGGCUGUUCGAUUUGGCGCGGAUCUUCUCAAUGUUUUGCUUGCACCGCUCAAAGAUAAACUAUGGAGUCAAGACUGGUUGCAACGAGAAAGUGGUAUUCUCGCCCUGGGUGCUAUGGCAGAAGGUUGCAUAGACGCUAUUGAACCGCAUCUACCAACAUUAAUUCCGUACCUAAUUAAUAUGCUGAACGAUCCAAAGCCCCUGGUUCGAUCAAUAACGUGCUGGACACUCGGGAGAUACGCGAGCUGGUGUACACAACCAAUAUCUCCUGAACACAAAAUGCAAUUCUUCGUUCCCACAUUGGAAGGUUUGCUUCGGAUGGUACUGGAUAAUAAUAAGCGUGUACAAGAAGCGGGUUGUAGUGCGUUCGCGACGUUGGAGGAGGAUGCAGGCCCUGAGCUUAUCCCUUAUUUGGAACCCGUUCUGAGGAAUCUUGUUUUCGCUUUCGACAAGUAUCAGCACAAGAACAUGUUGAUCCUUUAUGAUGCUGUCGGGACCUUAGCUGAUGCUGUUGGUUCUGCGUUGCAAACACCGACUUACGUAGAUAUCUUGAUGCCUCCACUGUUGAAACGGUGGGAGAAACUCAAGAACUCUGACGAGGAUCUCGUUCCUUUACUGGAGUGCCUAUCGUCAGUAACAAUCGCCAUCGGACCCGCCUUCCUACCCUACGUCACGCCUAUAUUUGAACGAUGCAUGUCUCUCGUACAUUCAUCACUGUUGAACUACCAGGCAUACCAACAAAAUCCCGAUCUUGAUGAACCAGACAGAUCUUUCCUUGUAGUUGCUUUGGAUCUACUCUCAGGUCUCACUCAAGGUUUGGGCAUGGCUCUUGAGCCGUACAUAGGCGCAUCGAACCCCAAUUUACUCGAUCUCCUAACCGUAUGUCUCAAGCACCCUCAAGCACCAGUACGACAGUCAGCAUAUGCGCUUGUUGGCGAUCUCGCGAUGCAUUGCUUCCCGUUACUAAGACCAAAGAUGCCGCAGAUCAUGCAAGAACUCAUCAUCCAACUCGACCCGGAGCCAAAAGUCGAAUUUGUCAGCGCGUGUAAUAAUGCCGCAUGGAGCGUUGGCGAGGUCGCUCUACGAUACGGUACAGAUGAUCCCGAAUUCGCGCAAUGGGUUCAACCGCUUAUUACCCGACUGGUUCCCAUCUUACUGCAUCCUAAGGCACCUCGUAGCUUACACGAAAAUGCUGCGGUGUCUAUUGGCAGGAUUGGACUUAUGCACCCAUCGAUUGUCGCACCGCAUUUGAACGAAUUUGCGCAAGCCUGGUGCCAGGCGCUACAUGACAUUCGCGAUAACGAGGAGAAAGACUCAGCAUUCCGCGGGUUAUGUCAACUCGUACAAGUAAAUCCCGGUGGCAUUUGGAAGAGCUUAUUGUGGUUCUGCAACGCAAUCGUGCGAUGGCAAACUCCAUCGCAAGGACUAAAUCAUGCGUUCUCGGAGAUCUUGCGGGGGUUAAAAGAAUGGGACCCAGUAGCGUGGAAUAGUCAAGUUCCAACGUUCCCUCAGGGUAUCCAGGCUCGAUUGCACGAACGUUACGGAGUUUAAUUCAAGUUCCCAACUUUUUCUUUUACCAUCUGCCAAUAUCUGUCCAUAGCUAGAUUCAAACCAUGUCGCUUUAUGAGGGUAUUUUUCUACCCCCAACAACACUGUUUUGAGUCAUGGUGUUCUUUCUCGAUUUUGUCAUUAGUUACUGCAACGGUUUGUAGCAUUUCUUUUAUCGUUUUUCUUUUUUGAUAUUUGUUGUCUUUGUCUCUUUGUCUCUCGUCCUUUCCUGUGUCGCUCCUUGCACGCGUCAUUUGCUUGAUUGCUUGCUUGCAUUAUCAGUUCAGUUCAGUUUGUCAGGUCUUUUCCUGCCUGCUUUUACCCUCUUUUAUUUUUUUCGUAUAUCUGUUACCCUACUGACCCUACGAACCAAUCAAUCGACUGACUAGUCAAGUCUGCCUGUAAC